AGAUGAUGCGACAUACAUGAACAUUUGUGCAAGGAUUUCUUGGACUGAUUCUACCUUGUGUUACCCUUGGGGUGUAAUGUAUUUAGUACUUUCUUCUGAUCAAGUUUCUUGACAAUUGGAUGAUGACACAUUUUGUAAUUUUUUACUAACUAUUGCAAAUAAGCUGCAAUUUGUGCAGCACUAUUUCGUGUAGAUAUUGUUCUAGCAUUAUCGUGAUUAUUUUCUACUGUAUAGAGAAACUGUAUUGUAAUUAUUAUGUUCGUUGCUCCGAUUAAUUUUCGGGAAUAAAAGAAACAAUUUCCUAAUUUUGAUGAUAAUUUCUGUUAUUUGGGACUCCGACAAAAACAUGAGAGAAGUAGAUGAGAACAUCAUUUUUCUUUUGAAAGGUUGUUCUUGCAAGAAAGAGCCAUUUUGUUCAAGGAGCUGUGGAUGCAAAAACAGACCAGGUGGGUGUGGACCUACUUGCCUCUGCAAGGGUGGUUUCAACUGUAAAAACCCAGUCAAUCUAAAGAAAAUAAAGGAAGCCAGUGAAAAAAUUAAUGAAUCCCCUCAAAAUAAUGACGAAAAUUCUAUAGAUCAUGAAAAUAGUGAACUCAACGAUAUUCUUUCUAUAGAUGAUUUUGGGUUCAAUACAGACGACGAUUCAUCAUCAGAUGAUGAAAAUGAUUUUAAUGAUAUCCUUUAAUGCACUUUAACAGUUAAAUGUCCUUG